AUGUCUUUGGAUGACUCAUUCGUUUUAAACCCUGAGAACAUUAUGUUUAACGUAUCGCAGGUGUCCAGUGUCAACAGAGAGGUCCAGGAGCACUACAUUUGGCUGCCCGGUAUUGCUAUCGCCACCGUCUACGGAUUUCUAAUCAUUGUUGGACUUAUUGGUAACGUCACGCUAAUGAGGACAUUUAUCACUGUUAAAUCCAUGCGGACGGUGCCUAACCUGUUCAUGUCCAGCCUCGCGCUCGGCGACCUGCUGCUGCUAGUCACGUGCGCUCCGGUGGACGCCAGCCGGUACCUCGCGGACAAAUGGCUCUUCGGCCGGGUGGGAUGCAAACUCAUCCCGUUCAUCCAACUCACCUCCGUCGGGGUCUCCGUUUUCACACUCACUGCCCUCUCUGCAGAUAGGUACAAGGCCAUUGUCAAACCCAUGGACAUCCAGAAGUCCACAGCUAAGUUCUGCUUCCGAGCAGCAGCCAUAUGGCUCUUCUCCAUGACCCUGGCCGUUCCUGAGGUGGUCUUCUCCGACCUUCACACCUUCAACAUCGGCCAGACCAACGACACCUUUGUGACAUGCGCUCCCUACCCCCACGCCGGGGAACUGCACCCUAAGAUCCACUCCAUGGCCUUCUUCCUCAUCUUCUACAUCAUCCCCCUCCUCAUCAUCUCUGUGUACUACUGCUUCAUCGCACGCAGCCUGAUCCAGAGCGCCUCAGACAUGCCCGUGGAGGCACACUUACACAUCAAGAAACAGAUUGAGUCUAGGAAGCGUCUGGCUAAGACAGUGCUGGUGUUUGUCGGUCUGUUCGCUGUGUGCUGGCUCCCCAGUCAUGUGAUCUACCUGUACCGCUCCUACCACUACGGCCAGGUGGACACGUCCCUGGGACACUUCAUCGCCAGCGUGUGUGCCCGCGUCCUGGCCUUUACCAACUCCUGCGUCAACCCCUUUGCCCUCUACCUGCUCAGCAACAGCUUCCACAAGCAGUUCAACAAGCAGCUCCGCUGCCGCCGCCGUCCACCAAUCAGCUGUAACGCUCAGGGCACGGGGCGGAGCAACAAUCAGUCUCUGGCUAACUUCAGCCUCGUCAAUGGGGCUCAUGUUAGUCAGGAAGGCUGUGUGUAGUGACUGUGCUAAAGAUGAUGCUUUAGACUUGUGAAAGUGACAUUCCAAAACUGACAUACUGCUACCCAAUCAAAUCACAGAAUAAUAUAUGGCUGUAACCCAUGUAGUAGGACUGUGUUCUAACUCCUAGUGUUGAUAUUGUAGCACCAUACUUCAUUCGAAUUAAAUGGUUGAUAUGCUGGGCUACAGUAUAUGCAUCCCAUGAUCCAUGAUUGAUACAUAGUGUUUUAUUUUAAGCAGGGGUUGGAAAGAGUACUGAAAUAUCCUACUUAAUUAGAAGUACUGUUACUUUAAUGACAUUUUAUUCAAGUAGAAGUACAUUUACUGGUGUAAAAAAAAAAGUACUCAGAAAAAGACAAUUGAGUAAAGAAAAAAUACAAGUAGUACAAGUACUCAAAAAAGCUACUUAAUUACAGUAAUGGGAGUAGUUGUAAUUAGUUACUUUACACCUCUGAUUUUAAGUUUAGAAUGUAUCAUCUAAACAGCUGCUGCUACGUAUGUAAACCAAUGUGGCAGAAUAAUCUCGAAGUUACAGAUCACUGGUCUCAGUCCUCCGGAGAUGCAGUUCUGUUCUGGUUUCUCAUUGGAACUGUAUUGAUCCAUUAGAGAAGUUAGAAAAGAUGACAACCCAGCCAGGUGUGAAUAAGAUGCUGAUGACAAGGUAAUGAUGAGAGGAACAGACACCUAUGGAUGUUACUGGAGCUGUUGGGGACUGGAGCUGUGCCGACUGCCAAUGUGUACACACUUCUAUGCCCAAAGGAAAGUUCUGUAGGGAUAUCUCCAGCUGACUAAAACACCAACAACUUCAGUGCUUUGAAAGAUACAGAUUAGAUUGUUGUUUAGUUGAGUGUUUGAAUUCUGUACCCUACAUUGAGGGAUCAACUUCCUUAACAACAGUUGCCCAGGAGUAGUCAGCCCUGCAUCAAAGGCUUGGAAACGUUCUAUCUACAUACCCAUAGACAUCUCAACUCAUAGACAUCUCAGCAUUGGUGGAAGAGAUAUAAAUACCUGUGUACAGUUCAUUGUAUGGAUCAGACUACAGUAUAUCUGAUUGUUUGGGUCAGAUGAAAAUGGACAAAUAUGUCCAAGAGUAGUUUGAUGUUGUCCAAAGUUUCUCAAUGUUCGAUAAAUAUAAAAAGUAAUUCUCUAUGGGUUAAUUGAAUAUUUUGUUGUUGUUUGUGUAUUUUCUGGUCUCUGUAAAAGCACAACUCUGCACUCCAUCAUUUUAUUUGAUCACAAUUUAUUUGUACAGUGGCUUGU